AUGAAAAUAUCUAGUACGCUUGUUUUGUUGUUCACGGCUGGGAUUUGCGGGAUCGACGUUAGAGAAUCAUCCCAUCCCACUAUCCCCGCCGUUGAUCAUAACGAGGAGGAUCAGCUCUUCUUACCCCAAGACAACUAUGAUGGCUGGGUGAACCCCGAGGAUCUGUCUCCUAUGCCACAGUGCAUCGCUCAGCAAGAUCAGUCAACCUGGCUGAGAGCCAUGACGAAAUGUACCGACAAACAAUGCACCUCUCACUUCACAUUCAUCUGCACCCACCACCAAUGGCUCACUCAGCUCAGCUGUCUCAGCACUGAAUUUUCCCCAGAUGUCAUCAAAGGCUAUUUCGCAUACUGUGAUAGAUCGAUUCUUGCCAGAGCGCAAUUGUAUCAAUGGAUUCGCACCAUCACCGGUCGAACGUGGCUUGUCGAGGUCGGCGACUCUAACGGACUAGAGAGUCUCUCCCCCGCCUCGCUGGCUGAAGGGUACACAGUCAUUGACGUGAUUGACAAGGCACCGAAAUGUCUGACCGACUCGAUGUCUGCUUUAUCGAUGGAGCCAUUUCAACAUGUCGUAGCCUCCUGCGGCUUCACAGGUUCGACCAGAGACAUGGGAAACGUUGAUCGUCCUUGGGAAUAUAGUGAAUAUCUACGGUCUAUGAUCGCUCUGGAUUUUGAAACUGCUGGCUACAACCUCGUACUGCAUCGCAUCUACGAUCGUCUACUACAUCAAAUCAAAGAUGGUGAAUAUUUCGAUAAAGAUUGCUUCUGCAGCACCUUCACGAUGGAUUUCAAAAACGAACCCUGUUCAGAGUCAGCCGAAUUGGAUUUGACGAAGGAGCGCCUCUGGAUGAAUGUGAUCUGUGGAUCGACGUCCUUACCCGAUAACUGGACACACGGACUGAAAACCACACAAUUCGCAUACAUUUCCACAGAUGAUUGGAAGUGGCCCAAGUGUAUCGCGGACAUGCCGAAACAGGUGAUUCAACUUCUUGAUCAGUGUGUAACCGAUGCUUGUGACCUCGACUCAAGCGGUUACUGCAAAGUCAGGCGUGCAGUCGACAGGGCAUGUAUUUGCCACAACCUCAGCUACAAUUCCUGCGGUGGUUCAUGCGAGGUCUUCGAGACCCGAAUGGACUAUGUCAAGUGGCUGCACGGUCUUUGUGGCGAUCUGCAGGACUGGCACGGUCUGCCGGAGAAUUGGCAUCAAUUAGCCGCGCCCACUCUUAGCGACAUGAUUCCAUGGGGAUGGACUCUCAAGUCAUCUCUUCAUUCAGAGGUAGCUAAUAAAACACGUGUGGGAUACGUCGGGGCAAGAGAGACAUGUCCUUGGAAUGAAUGGAAGCUCGGAAGCUUUGCUUUGGUCAACAUAGCUACUCUACUUGCCGCAUUCUUCAGCCAGAUAAUCAGCAAUCAUCGAAUCUCGCGUGACUCUUCAAAACCCUCACACCCGCUCCAUUGGUUUUUCAAGGGGCUUCUGAUCGCUAAUCUGCACCUCCUGGCAAACUGGUUCAACAGCAUGAUUGUCCAGUCAUCUCCUGGUUAUGAGGACACUCCAGUUCUUCAAUUGAUGCUCCUCUGGUGCUGCAUGCCUCGUCUUGCUUGGCUGACGAUGUCGCUAAUUGGUCUACAACCCAUCGAGUCGAUGAAACUCUCCGCCGCUGCGUCAUUGCUAUUCGCGGAAAGUAUUCUUCAACUCGCAACAUCAUAUUACAUGUUCAUGACUGUCGAUUAUGGCCGAGAACAUAAUUUCUACCUUGGAGGUCUCGAAGGAGCGGAGAAAGCCUACCAGGCAAAAGUCAUGUACGCUGGAGCACUAAUGUGGCUUAUUUUAAUUAUCAUGACACUUAUUCAGUUCAUGCGAGCUACACAAAACACCCCGUUAACAAGUGUCGAGGGCGGAGAAUACAGGUCGUAUGGUAUAACGUAUGGAACUUUCUCUGUGAAACGACAACACCAUGUCGUUUCCCAAACCCCAUUUCAAAGCUUGUAUGCUUCAGCAGCCAUAAACAUGUUCCUUCUCUGCAUUGCGCAGUGGCUCUUCUCGACUGGUUUCAUUGGUCUUCUUGCAGAUGAGUUCUGUCCCCCUAAGCUUGGGGUUCUCACAGCUGUCUGGAUGUUUUCCGCGUUGAUAAGUACUGUUGUUAUCUUUAUCUGA